CAGAGGGAGACUCCACCUCAAAAAAAAAAAAAAGAGUUGAUGUUAUUAUUACUGUUACUAAUACUAUUUGCCCAGGAGCACCCUCACUUCCCCCAGCUAUUCUAAUCCCGCUCUCUCCCUGCUUCUCCAUCCCUUUUUGGUGGCCAGAAAAUAUUUUCGAUCAACUUCCUGUUGCUCUGGGGUGAGCCUCCAGGCAAAUGGAAAAACUAAUUUCCUUCAAUUGGUGACCUGUGUUCCAGGUGCUGAAAGACAGAGAAGCGAAGACAGAGGUGAGGAAAGACAGGGAGAGAGACACCGUGGGGGAGAGAGAGAGAGAGAGAGAGAGAGAGAGAGAGAGAGAGAGGGGGAAGGACAGAGACGUGGAGACAGAGAGACUUCGAAAGAGAAAAGGCAAGACGGGACAGGAGAACAAGGACCAGCUCAGCUGCUCCUGGAGCCCCAGCCCUGCCUUCAUGCCCAGCAGGUGCCCUACCUGGCCCAUCCUCCCAAGACUCCUAACUCCCGUUGCCAUGGUUCCCUUUCCCCAGGUAAGCCUCAGCCAGUGCUGCAGGCUGUCUGACUCGCAGUCCCUCAAGUGACUUCUAGGAGCAUCUGCAGACAAGAGGAUGGCCCAGGUCCUGCACGUGCCUGCCCCCUUCCCAGGGACCUCCGGCCCAGCCUCCCCACCGGCCUUCCCUCCCAAGGAGCCCGACCCACCCUACUCCGUGGAGACCCCCUAUGGCUACCGCCUGGACCUGGACUUCCUCAAGUACGUGGACGACAUUGAGAAGGGCCACACGCUGCGUCGUGUGGCAGUGCAGCGCCGCCCCCGCCUGGGCUCUCUGCCCCGUGGCCCCGGCUCCUGGUGGACGUCCACCGAGUCGCUGUGCUCCAACGCCAGUGGGGACAGCCGGCACUCAGCCUACUCCUAUUGCGGCCGUGGCUUCUACCCUCAGUAUGGUGCUCUGGAGACCCGCGGUGGCUUCAAUCCGAGGGUGGAGCGCACACUGCUGGACGCCCGUCGCCGUCUUGAGGACCAGGCGGCCACACCCGCUGGCCUGGGCUCCCUGACCCCUAGUGCGGCUGGCUCGACGGGCUCCCUGGUGGGCGUGGGGUUGCCACCCCCGACACCACGGAGUUCGGGACUGUCCACACCAGUGCCUCCCAGCGCUGGUCACCUGGCCCACGUGCGGGAGCAGAUGGCGGGCGCCCUGCGGAAGCUUCGACAGUUGGAGGAGCAGGUGAAGCUGAUUCCCGUGCUCCAGGUGAAGCUGUCGGUGCUCCAGGAGGAAAAGCGGCAGCUCACAGUGCAGCUCAAGAGCCAGAAGUUCCUGGGCCACCCCGCGGGGGGCUGGGGCCGCAGCGAGCUAUGCCUGGACCUCCCCGAUCCCCCAGAGGACCCAGUGGCACCUGAGACCCGGAGUGUGGGCACCUGGGUCCGAGAACGGGACUUGGGCGUGCCUGAUGGGGAGGCCACCCUUGCCGCCAAGGUUGCUGUGCUGGAGACCCAGCUCAAGAAGGCGCAGCAGGAGCUGCAGGCAGCUCAGGCCCGGCAGGCCCACCCCCAGCCCCAGGCCUGGCCACCCCCGGACAGCCCGGUCCGUGUGGACACUGUCCGGGUGGUGGAAGGGCCGCGGGAGGUAGAGGUGGUGGCCAGCACAGCCGCUGGCGCCCCUGCACAGCGGGCCCAGAGUCUGGAGCCUUACGGGGCAGGGCUGAGGGCCCUGGCAAUGCCUGGUGGGCCUGAGAGCCCCCCUGUGUUCUGCAGCCAGGAGGUGGUGGAGACGAUGUGCCCAGCGCCCACUGUGGCCACCAGCAACGUCCACGUUGUGAAGAAGAUUAGCAUCACAGAGCGCAGCUGUGACGGAACGGCAGGCCUCCCACAAGUUCCUGCUGAAUCAUCCUCGUCACCCCCAGGGUCCGAGGUAACCUCCCUGACAGAGCCUGAGAAGACCCCAGGCUGGGUGCCUACCCAGGACACCACCCACAGGGAGCCCACCAGGCAAGCAGCCUCCCGAGAGUCUGAGGAGGCCAGGGGCCCUGGCGGGCCUCCGGCAGGCGUGCAAUCUAUCAGGAAACAGAAAGAGGAGAUUGCAGACCCCACGACCCACCAGAGGAGCCUCCAGUUCGUGGGGGUCAAUGGCGGGUAUGAGUCGUCAUCCGAGGACUCCAGCACAACAGAGAACAUCUCAGACAAUGAGAGCACAGAGAACGAGGCCCCAGAGCCGGGGGAGAGGGUUCUGAGUGUGGCCGAAGCCCCCCAGCUCACGCCUGCAGGGACGGCAGUGGCCAAGACCAGUCGGCAGGAGUGCCCACUGUCUCGAGAAUCUCAGCACAUACCCACAGCAGAGGGGGCGUCAGGGUCAAACACGGAGGAGGAGAUCAGGAUGGAGCUAAGCCCUGACCUCAUCUCAGCCUGCUUGGCCCUGGAAAAGUACCUGGAUAAUGCCAACGCCCUCACAGAGCGGCAGCUGAAAGUGGCCUACACCACGGUGCUGCAGGAGUGGCUGCGCCUGGCCUGCCGCAGCGACGCACACCCCGAGCUUGUGCGGCGGCACCUGGUCACGUUCCGGGCCAUGUCUGGGCGGCUGCUGGACUACGUGGUCAACAUCGCCGACAGCAACGGCAACACGGCGCUCCACUACUCCGUGUCUCACGCCAACUUCCCCGUGGUGCAGCAGCUGCUGGACAGCGGUGUCUGCAAGGUGGAUAAACAGAACCGUGCUGGCUACAGCCCGAUUAUGCUCACUGCCCUGGCCACCCUGAAGACCCAGGAUGACAUCGAGACUGUCCUUCAGCUCUUCCGGCUUGGCGACGUCAAUGCCAAAGCCAGCCAGGCCGGACAGACAGCCCUGAUGCUGGCAGUCAGCCACGGGCGGGUGGACGUGGUCAAAGCCCUGCUGACCUGCGAGGCAGAUGUCAAUGUGCAAGAUGAUGAUGGCUCCACGGCCCUCAUGUGCGCCUGUGAGCACGGCCACAAGGAGAUCGCGGGGCUGCUGCUGGCCGUGCCCAGCUGUGACAUCUCACUCACGGAUCGCGACGGGAGCACAGCUCUGAUGGUGGCCUUGGACGCGGGGCAGAGUGAGAUUGCAUCCAUGCUGUAUUCCCGCAUGAACAUCAAGUGCUCGGCCAGCCACCACAUCGGCCCCUCGGGGGAUUGGCAAGAAUCCCAAACGAAAAGAAUGCUGCUUCUCCUUUCAGUUUGCUCCGAUGUCGGAUGACGAGAGCCCUGCAUCGUCCUCGGCAGAAGAGUAGCCGUGAGGGAGGCCACACGCGGACCCCCCAUGGAGGGCCAACCGUCCCUUGUCCCCAUCUCCUCCUUGUUCCCGUUCAUCCCUGACCCACCCCACUCCCAAUCCCCAGGGCCCAUGGCUCAAAGGCAAGCACGUUUUCCCUCUGCUUCCCUGGGGGAGCCCGACGGCCACAGGACUCCAGCUCCAAGUGGGUUUUCUUGGCUCCCCGGUUCAAAGCAGCCGCAGCGCAGACCGAAGCGAAAUUCUUGUAUACAUUGGCGCCAGGGCCGAUGCUGGGGUGUGGGUUUUAUGAAGAACAUUGAGAACAAUCAGCUGGUAAUUAUGGAUGCAGGAAGAGGGAACAGAAAAAAAUAUUGUAUUUUUGAAUCAUUGUUGCGGGUGGGGGGGGGGCGGGAGUCUUAUGAUUUGUUGCCAGAUUUGAAAGUCACUGGAACUUGUCUUUUCAUUUUAAUGCUAAGUGUUAUUUCGCACCAGUUGGGGCUCACCCUUCAUCCCUCACAUUUAAUUGUCUGGUGUAGACUAGUGUUAUGUCCACUGCCUCCCAGACGGCUUUCUUAGGGGAAUUUUCUCCUGGUUGUUUCACGAGACAGAUUCUGUCCUUGUUACCUCUGUCUUUUUACCCUCAUUCAAAUGAAGGGACUCAGGACAGGCUCUGUGACUUACAGGGAACCAAUUCACAAUGAGAAAUUAUGGGCCAGGCAUGGUGGCUCACGUCUGUAAUCCCAGCACUUUGGGAAGCCAAGGCAGGAGCUUGAGCCCAGAGUUCAAGACCAGCCUGAGCAACACAGCAAGACCCAUUUCUACAAGAAAUUUACAAGUUAGCCGGGUGUGGUGGUGCGCGCCUGUAGUCCCAGCUACUUGGGAGGCUGAGCCCCGAGGUCAAGGCUGCAGUGAGCUAUGAUCACACCACUGCAUUUCAGCCUGGGCCACAUGGCGAGAUCCUGUCUCAAGGAGAAAAGAAAGGGAGAGCAAGGGAGAAAUCACUCAGAAACCCGUCCCUUCCCCACAUGGAAGCCUUGGCAAAGGUUAAUUUUCCUAGAAAAUCCUUCAGACCUGAAGAUGCAGGAAGGGGAUCUGGCUCUCAGGUUGGCUUCUGUAUCCCCCCACCCUGCCAGGCCCCAGACUACGGUCACAGGGCCAUCCUGUUCCUCCCUGGGGCUCUAGAAUUUCUCUCCUCAAAGGAAAGAAAACAGGGCAUGCGCUUGUUGGCAAAGCACAGGGCCAGCUCCCAAAAACCCCAUGUGUGCACAAUUAAAAGUUGGCCGUCCCCAGGCCUCCCAGCACAAACUUAAAGAGACAGGGCUUUGCUGAAAACCAAACAUGGGCCAGCUGGGUUUUUUAACAACCCAGAGACUUUCCGGAGCUGCCUGGACCAGAGCCUGCGGGAAACGGGGCUUGCCAGAGACACUCACAGUUUCCUUCGUGGCCUGCUCUGUCCCCCAAGAAUCUCCACAUCAUUUUCUUUCUUGUGCCUUUUCCUUGGUGAGCAAGAGAAAGGGAAGGGUUCCAAGCCUCUAAAAAUGUGCCUUGUGAUCAGGAGUGUGCUCCAAACCAAAUAUGUGUGCUGCCCUUUGGAGGCCAGUGAGCUCAGCUUCCACGGCUUUAAAGCCAAAUUUCAGCAAGAGUGCAGAGAGCUCACAGGUUCAUGAAAGAAAGCAAAGCACUGGUUUCCCUCCUUAGAAAAGCAGGUUCCUUGGCUCGAUGUAGAUGGGCUUGCUUUGAUUUUUAGUGAAGGGAAUGUAC